GAGUGAUUUAUCUUCCUGACUGACUGACUCCAAAUAGGAUGAGUGGUGGGGAGAAAAGCGGAGUCUCUUCGAUUGGCACCUUGUUGGGUGGGGUAAAAAGGCUUAAAAUUGACGACCAGGACUCCUCCACCCCCUCCAGACUCAACGACGCCUUUCCCAAUCACUGGACAUCAACCUCGUCCUGGGGCUCCUCACCGUCACCCUCCACAGGUGGAAAGCUGCCAAUCACCAUCUACUCUGACCUCAACUUGACGGAAGAUCGGAUAGCGUGCGGAGUAUCCAACGGAAGUAUCGCUUUAGUGGACACAAGUCGCCCAACUUUGCCUAUUACAGGAAGUGCAAAAGGGGCAGCAAAAUUGCCACUCUGUAGGACACAUCGAAAAUUAUCCUCGCUCGUAUGCAGCAAAACUCGGCCCGAGCUGGUAUAUUCUGCAAGUGCCAAGGAUGGAACAGUUUGCCUCUGGGAUUUUAGGCUGGAUACUUUACAACCAACGCUAACAUUUUCUGCCAGCGGCUCAUCACGAAUCGGUGGUAGUGAGAGUGCAUCCAAACGUGUACGACCACUUUUGUGUCUGGACGUCAGCCCGGGAGACCAAGUUCUGAGUGCAGGAACUGAACUCGUGGACGAGGAUUCUUUUAUCCUCUUCUGGGACGUAAGAAUGAAUGACGAUGCAGGAAAUGGAGACAAAUUAUUGGGAGCAUAUUGGGAAUCCCAUUCGGAUGAUGUGACUGCGGUUAAAUUUCAUCCAGACAAAUUCAAUUUCUUAGCCACCGGAAGUACAGAUGGGUUGUUGAACAGUUUUAACUUGUUGGAAGCUAAUGAAGAUGAUGCCCUACUUUAUAGCUUCAAUACAGAGUCAAGUGUUGAAAGUAUUCAUUGGAAUACCAAUACAAUUGGUUCCCUUCCUGCAUCAUGCCUUUCAUGUGUAACACAUUGCAAUCAAGUUCAAAUUUGGGAUGCAGACCGUGGGGAUAAAUUUGUUAAUUUUGACAGACCUCAAAUAUCCAAAGCGAUGAUGAGAAGUAACCCAGAAGCAGCUUUCGUAAAUAGGUGCUACUGGCAGAAAGAAAGAACGAAUGGUGUUUCAAGCAUGUUGGGCUUAUUGACAUGUUCACUAAAGGGAGGGUGCACACGAUUUAUCAAAAUUGAUGGCGAAAAAUUGGAACCAAAUGGAAUAUUCCUAAACCAAAAUGCCAUCGUUCAAACCGCCGAAUACAUUCCUAAUAGCAACAAAUGGCUAACCUUUGACGAAGAUGGAAUUGUUAGAGCUUGGAAUAUGGAGGAAUCUAAUUGUGGCGACGAAGUUGAAACUAUUAUUACCAAACGAAGAAAGACUGACGUGGAUCACGAAUUGACGAAACCUUCUUCCAAAAAUAGCUCUGAUAAUCCAUCAUCAUUAAUGCGACGUGAUAUGAGUAGACGGAAGAAAAAGCUUUAGCGUUUAUAAGGUUUUAUGAAAUAGUUAUAGUUUGAGAGUUUUUAAAUAAUUAAGUUUUUGUUUGUCGUUUUAUUUUAUUUUAAAUAUCCUAAUAUCUUUAUUCUGCAUGUCAUGACCUACAUAGGUAUUCACAAAAACAAAAUAAAAUCACCAAAAAUGGUAAAAUGUUAGUUUAGGGGGUAUGUCCAAUGUGGGUAUCUCUAUUAUUUUGAAUGAAUAAAGGCGAUGAACGUAGAAUAAAA